AUGAGAGUUAGUGCUCUAGUGGUGUUAGGGCUCGUCGCUCUGGCGGCAGUCGCCUCCGGCCGGGAGAUCCGGGAGAAACGGGACGCUGAUCUCGAGUCUGCCGCCUCGCACCACGGUGGCCACUGGGACAAGGGUGGCGGCCACGAACACCACGGCCACCAUCACCAUGACCACGGUGGCCACGACCACAAAGGACACAAGGGCCACCACGAGCACCACCACGGACACAAAGGUCACCACCACCACGAAGGGCACAAAGGACACCACGGCGAGCACGGUGGCCACAAGAAACACCACCACCACGAUGACGGAUACCACCACCAUCACCACCACGGUGAAAAGGGCGAACACGGACACGGCCACGAGGAGCACGGCCACUGGCACAAGGGACACGACACCAAGGGCCACCAUGAAGUAGACAAGCACGACGAGUUCAAAAAGGACAAGCACUUCCACGACCACCAUGGCGAGAAAGGAUUCCAUGAGCACCAUGGAGGUCAUCACCACGAAGGAGACUACAAGAAGGGCGGUCACUUCCACAAAGGACACAAACACGGUGGUCACCACGAGCACCACCACGGCAAGGGCGGCCACCACGAACACGGAGGACACCACCACGACCACAAGGGACACCAUGGUGAGGGCGGCCAUCACGAGCAUCAUCACCACCACCAUGAUCACGGCCAUAAGGGCGGUCACGAGGACCACAAGCACUGGGGCCACAAGAAGGGACACUAA